AUCAAAUAAAAUAAACAAGAGAAAACACGAAUACUUUCCUGAGACCACAGAUCAAUCGAUAAUCAAUCAGCACCACCACCUCACGCCGUUAAAAGCCCGUCAUCCUCCACCUCGUCUUCUGUACAGUUGCCUUCAUUUCUCUCCUCCGGCGGGAACUGAAACUCUCGCCGGAGAAUGUUUGCUUUGUUUUGGUUUUGUUGACGUGAAAUGUAGGAAAGAAUCUAAUCAAAUUCAAAACGGUGCGUACAAGGCACAGACAGACAGAUGAUGCCUUGUUUCUUCAAUUAGAUUUCCUUGCCUUAAGCCGUAAUUUAUUCCAUUUUAAAAAAUUUAAUUUCUAAUUUUUAAAUAUCUCCCUCCCUCCGCCUUCAAGUUUGAAUUCCGCAUCGUGUCAUUUCUCUCCUCCUUCUCUCUUGAUUCAAAGUUCUGCCUCUAAAUUCUUAUUUUUUGAUUUGUUAAUAUUAAAUGCGAGAUUUUAUAUUAAUUCAACCAACGCAGACAUAUUUGUAAUAAUAAUCAAUCAACUUAUCUCAAUACGGCACACUUUUGUGUCGUUUUGCAAUUUGAUCAUGCCUUCUGAAGAGCUGCAGGGUUUAGCUGAAGAUAGGCAGGUCGGUUUUUGCAAGUCAAACACGUUGCCUGGCUAUUAUGCCAGCAGGAAAUCAGUUGCUUCAUCUCCUCUAGACAAACAUAUUACUGUGGAAUUUCAGACUGUGCAAUCUCUGGAACAUCCCGAGUCUUUCCUAAUGCGAGACCGGGAAGUGAAUCUUUGUUUAGACCGGUUUGCAGUGGGAGCAGAGAGAGCUGUUAAGCAGUGCAUGACGUUAUUGAGACCUGUAGACAGUGAGUCAGUGACCAGAUCCAGUUUGUUUGUACAGAAUGCAUCUUCUUUUGUAGAAGGUGACAAAGUUAAUAAAAUGGUUGUGCAACAUGAGAGCAGUCUCUUCUCAAGCCCAUUGUCAGAGUUAUUUAGUGGGAAUAUGAGAUUGUCUUCAAAUAUUGCACCACAUGGUUAUUCAGUUGAUACUGUAGCCUCGCAUUAUGAGGAAGAGGGACCUUUUGAAUCUCUUGAAGAAGUUGAGGCCCAGACCAUUGGAAAUCUUCUUCCCAAUGAUGAUGACUUAUUUUCUGGAGUGACUAGUGGGCUUGACUACAUCAUCCAGCCCAGUAGUGGAGACGAUAUGGAUGAGAUGGACAUUUUUAACAGUGUUGGGGGGAUGGAUUUAGGGGAUGAUGGUUCUUCUGCGGUAGAAGAAAAUUCUAAAAUUUCUGCUAGUAAGCUUGGGGUUUGUAAUGGUGCAAUAACCGGGGAUCACCCUUAUGGGGAACAGCCUUCUAGAACACUGUUUGUAAGAAACAUUAAUAGUGAUGUUGAAGAUUCUGAGUUAAAGAUCCUUUUUGAGCAAUAUGGAGAUAUCAGCACCUUUGAUACGGCCUGCAAGCAUCAAGGUUUUGUUAUAAUUUCCUAUCAUGAUAUUAGAGCUGCUCGAAAUGCAAUGAAAGCUCUGCAGAAUAAACUGAUGAGGCAUAGGAAACUCAACAUUCAUUUUUCAAUUCCAAAGGAAAACCCUUUGGAAAAAGAUAUAAACCCCGGCACUCUUGUGGUAUUUAACCUUGAUGCUUCUGUUUCAAAUGAAGAACUUCAUCAGAUUUUUGGUGUAUAUGGAGAAAUCAAGGAGAUCCACGAAACCACUGAACAGGGUCAUCAUAAAUUUAUUGAAUUUUAUGAUAUUAGAGCUGCAGAGGCUGCUCUUCAAGCAUUGAACAGGAUUAAUAUUGCAGGGAAGCAAAUUAAGGUUGAGCCAAGUCAUCAUAGAGGUUCAAAACAGUGGUCAGUACAGCAGUGUUCUUUAAAGCUGGAGAAAGAUGAGUUUGACCAUUUUCUGUGGAGUAGCCCUCCAAAAAAUUUAACCAAGUUUUCUGGCGCAAUUUUGCAUGGCUCAGUGUCAUCUAGAAGCACAGAUAAUGGAAUUAGUUCAGGUUUACACUCUGCUAGAGAAGUCCCGUUUCUUGAACCUGUUCAUCCAGGGAUCCCUUCAAGUUUUCCAAACACCUUGCCCUCUUUGGUGAGAGUGGAACCAGUUGGGCCUCAAUCUGGCCUUGCUGAGUCUGGUAACUUACAGAAUCCUUUAAAAUUUGGUGUCCAAACCACAUUAAAUUUUCAUCCUCAGUCACUUCCGGAGUAUCAUGAUGUUUUAGCAAAUGGUGUCCUGUGCAAUUCUCCAAGUCCCGUUUCUGCAACUGUCAAUAUUAAACCAACAGAAAUGAUUGACAACCAACUGUUCAGCAGAGUUGGCUCAACUGGACACUCCAUUGGGUUUCGUGAAAAAGUUUUUGGGUCUGCUGGUGGUGGGAGUGGUUCUUUUCGUGCACACAAUUAUACUUGGAGCAACUCCUGUCAUCCCCAGCUUCCGGGCAUGAAGUGGCCAAAUUCACCAUCAAUGGUCAAUGGAAUUUGUAAUGCUUAUUCGCCAGGACGACUGCCUGGACUUCUAAGAUCACCAUCAUUUAUGGUGAACACAGUCUUACCGAUUGGUAACCACCAUGUGGGUUCAGCACCAGCUGUUGAUCCUUCUCUAUGGGACAGGCAACAUGCCUAUGUGGCAAAAUCUCCUGAGGUUUCUGGUUUCCAUCCAGGUUCCCUUGGGAGUAUGAGAAUUUCUAAUAAUUCAUUGCACCCUAUGGAAUAUGCCUCUCAUAACAUUUGUUCUCCUGUUGGUGGAAAUAUCAUGGAUAUGCCAAUUCCCUCAAAAAAUUUAGGGUUCCAAUCCCAUCAACAGAGGUCCAUGAUGUUCACUGGUGGAGGACAAAUGGUUCCCAUCAUGCAUUCAUUUGAUCUUCCUAAUGAACGUGCUAGAAGCCGUAGAAAUGAGGGCAGUGUGAAUCAGGCUAACAAGAAGCAAUACGAACUGGAUAUAGACCGCAUAUUGCAAGGGGAAGACACCCGAACAACACUCAUGAUAAAGAACAUUCCUAACAAGUAUACUUCGAAGAUGCUAUUGACUGCAAUUGAUGAACGCCAUAAAGGAACAUAUGAUUUUAUAUAUCUACCAAUUGAUUUUAAGAACAAAUGCAAUGUUGGUUAUGCAUUCAUCAACAUGACAGAUCAAAGCCAAAUCAUUCCGUUCUAUCAGUCAUUCAAUGGAAAGAAGUGGGAGAAGUUCAACAGCGAAAAGGUGGCAUCACUUGCAUAUGCUCGCAUACAAGGAAAAGCUGCUCUCAUUGCACAUUUUCAGAAUUCCAGCUUGAUGAACGAGGACAAAAAAUGCCGACCUAUACUCUUCAACACAGAUGGCCCAAACGCAGGAGAUCAGGUGCCAUUCCCAACAGGGGUUAAUGUUCGAACUAGACCAGGAAAGGUGUGGAAUGCCACCCCUGAUGAGAACUCUCAAGGAAACCACCUGAAUUGCGUGAAUGGGGAGGGUUCUUCCAAUGGAGACAGCUCUUUAGGUUCUGUAAAGGAGUCGGACUAAACUUUUUGUUGGCACUAAUCUUACAUAACUGAACUAUCAAGAUUACAUAACCCUAAAUCUGGGUGACACUACAUGGUUUGAGUUGUGACUGUACAGAAAAAAAAAAUUCUUCAUUUUAGAAGCAUCUGAAAGUUCUGGAGAAAAAUCGUUGAGCCGAUGCCGAUCAAUUUCCACAUUAAGGAGCAUCAAGUGGAGCUUGAAAUUUUGGACAUUAAAGAGUUUGUUGUAAACAUAUGCAUGUACAGGAUUGGGUUGGGUGCUUCGUCACUGCUUGAAAGAGGCGUCUCUGCUAAUUGGUUUCCGGCAAUUUCAUUUGUUAAUUUUGUCUAUUCUAAUUUUCUCUAUAUGUAAGUGUUUAAAGAAAUGUGAAUAGUGAUUGUGGAAAAUUUUGAAAUGAAGAUGCCAGUUCCAGUCA